AUGAUGAGGAGCGGCUUCCAGAGGGUGGCAAGACUUGCCCACCACAGAGCUCUACUGAGAACCCAUCUCCUGCCCAGACUCCACCAGGCCUCAGCAUUCGGAUCAUCCACAGACUCCCUGGUUGCAAGAUUCUGUCCAGAGAAAACAGAUUUAAAGGAUUAUGCCCUUCCCAACUCCAGCUGGUGUCCAGAUAUGCUGAGCCUAUACCAAGAAUUCCUGGAGAAAACCAAAUCAGGCGGGUGGAUUAAAAUACCCUCCUUCAAGUCCAACAGAGAACAUAUCCAAGGGCUUAAGCUCCCAUUAGGGCUGGUAACUGACUCAGACAAACAGGACUGGCGCAUCUUUACCAGAUGCAUCCUGCUGGAAGGACAAGGCUAUGAAUACGUCAUCUUUUUCCACCCAUCUGAGAAGAAGUCAGUCUGUCUCUUCCAGCCAGGCCCCUACCUGGAGGGGCCACCAGGGUUUGCCCAUGGAGGGUCACUGGCGGCCAUGAUGGAUGAGACAUUUUCUAAAACUGCCUAUCUGGCUGGAGAAGGACUAUUCACACUAAGUCUCAACAUCAGGUUUAAAAACUUGAUCCCCGUGGGCUCUCUGGCUGUCCUGGACAUUCAAGUAGAAAAGAUUGAAGACCAGAAGCUGUACAUGUCCUGCAUCGCCCAGAGCAGAGACAAGCAGACAGUCUAUGCCAAGUCCUCUGGUGUUUUCCUUCAGCUGCAGCUGGAGGAAGAGCCACCCCAGCAGCAAUGA